UGGAGUUCUUGGACAGCGGCAGGUAUCUUGGUGUGUACAGCUGGAGUGUAUUUCAUUCCUUAUUUUCAACAGUAUUCUCUUUUCAACAGUGCAUCAGUGCGGAAUCGGACUUUAAUUCUAGUAAUCUAACCUUGAAUCAGGACAGUCGACAGGUCAAUGAACUAGAUCUAGGGCACGUUAAAAUUACAGGUCGUCUUAUAAGCACCAUGGCUAGUUGCAGCAAGAAAGUUCUUGAAGAUUUAGAGAGGAAAGCCUCACAAUGUGACUACAUCCGCUUCACUGUGGCAGACAUGAAUGGCAUUGCACGAGGAAAAGUAGUUCCAAGAAGAAACCUUUUAUCCAUGGCAAAACAAGGAGUCGGCAUCUAUGGAGGAAUACUGGGGAUUGGGCCUAAUGGAGAGAUAACAUUUUUUCAAGAAGUCAAGGAUACAAACCAUGGUAACGUUCAAUUGAUACCAGAGCCAAAUACUUUCCAUCUUGUACCAUUUGAUAACAGUGAGGUCAUCACGGGUGAAGUCAUUUGUGAACCACAUUGGUAUGAAGAUGGUACAUACCAAUCUGCAUCACCACGGUAUGUUGCACGGCAACAACUACAACGUCUGGAUGAUAUGGGUUUAUCAGUGAAAUCUUCAUGUGAGUUAGAAUUCCUUAUGUUUGAGAAAGAUCGUACAACCCCUGUUUUCUCAGGAAGGGACAUUUGUGUCCAUAGUGUAUUCGCUUCAUCUCAGCGGCUUAUCUACGAUAUUGAACAACGUCUAUACAAAGCGGGUGUUGACCUCGAAACACUGCAGACUGAGUACACUGGUGGUCAGUUUGAACUGGUUAUGAAACCUAUGCUUGGGAUCCAGGGAGCCGACAAUGUAUUUAAUGCCAAAGCAGGUAUAAAAGAAAUCUGUCAGACCAAUGAUCACUUUGCAACAUUCAUUACAAAGGCUGGGCCUGAGGUUGGCAAUGGUUUGCAUUUUAACUAUUCAUUGUACAACAAAGAUGACAGAAACAUAUUGUAUGAUCCUACCCAGAAGUAUAAUCUCUCCGAGUUUGCCCAGCAAUGGAUUGGGGGAAUCAUACAUCAUGCACGAGCUAUCACAGUUCUCCAUGCCUCCACUGUGAACUGUUUUAGGCGUGUGGGCACUCCUUGGGCAGCUACCAAGGCAGACUGGGGCAUCCAGAAUCGCAUGAAUACCCUCAGGGUUAAGAACAAAGAUGAAAAUGGGACUUAUUUUGAGAACCGCAUGAGCGGUGGUUUGGGUAACCCAUACCUCAUAAUGGCGGCAAACAUUGCAGCUGGUCUUGAUGGAGUAAAAAACAAAAUGUCACUACCCCAGGAGAAUAACGAAGAUGCAGUCUUGCUCCCUAAAACACUGAAGGAGGGUAUCAAAGCACUAGAGGAUGAUGAGGUAAUCUGUGAUGCCUUAGGAAAUCAAUUCGUACGCUGGUUCAAAGAGGUGAAAGAGAUUGGUGAGAUGAAUUUUGUGGACGUUGACAUUCCUGACACUGAAGAGGCCUUACUUAAAGAAAAGGAGCUCUACAUGCAUUUAAUGUAGACAUAAGACUAGGUUUUGAUUUAAAUAGUGUACACCCUAUAACUAAUAAAAAUCCAAAUGUAGUGCAGUGAUCGCCCAAUUUUGGAAAUUAAACCACGUGAAUAUUCUACUUAUUCAAACAUUCUGAAGAAGUAUCAACCCCCAAUUAAUAGUCUGGGUACACUAUUGCAUCUUUUGUGCAAGAAUGAA